UUGUAUUUCCAUUCUUGCAUCUGAAAUCGCAUGCUAUAUGCAUGCAUAUUCGUCCAUGAACUGAAAGUACAUACAUAACUUGGACCAUAGGAAAAAGACCUUUUAGCUAACGUGGAUUGGAUUUUAACUGGGCACACUAAUUGCACUUGACUCACUAUUCACCUUUAAAUACUCUUAAAUACUCCAUUUAAAAGGUGACAUAACGAAGAAUACGGCAAAUUUGUCUAUCCGGUUAACGCGAAAACAUCUGCCUGUCAAUUCACGACAGACAAAAGACAACCACAUUUUAUUUAUUUAAACAGUUUGCGUCAGUAAUCUGACCUUGCGGAAUUAUUAUAUUUGGAUUUACACGCAUUUUGUGCUCCACUUUCGGACAAUUAAGUCACCAGAUUUUUUGAGAUGGAAGGAAAAACUGUGUUUGUGACGGGAGGCGCCGGUUACAUCGGGUCCCACUGCUGCGUCGAACUUCUCAACGCGGGUUUUAAUGUGGUCGCAAUUGAUAACUUUACAAAUUGCGUUGAGACGGCGGACCAUAAAGCCCCCGCUUUGACCCGUGUCGAGAAGAUCACCGGGAAGCCGGUGACCUUUUACAAGGCGGAUCUCCUGGAUGGCGACCGUCUCAAGAAAAUCUUCACCCAGCACAAGAUCGAUUGGGUGAUUCAUUUUGCGGCUCUGAAAGCGGUCGGAGAGUCGAUGCAGUUGCCGCUCCAAUAUUACAAGAACAAUCUGAUCGGAACGAUCAACUUGUUGGAAGCUAUGCAAGCGGCGAAUUGUUAUCAACUCGUGUUUUCAAGUUCUUGCUGCGUUUACGGAGAUCCGGAAAAGUUGCCGAUUGAAGAAGAUCAUCCCACCGGAAACGUGACGAAUGUGUACGGCAGAACGAAAUACUUUAUCGAAGAGAUGCUCAAGGAUUUAUCCAAGUCAAAUCCGAAAUGGAACAUAAUUUCGCUCCGAUACUUUAACCCGGUGGGUGCCCAUCCAUCCGGCCUUAUCGGGGAAGACCCGACCAAAGAGAUUCACAACGUGAUGCCAUUUAUCUCUGCAGUCGCCCUCGGUAAAAAACCGCACGUAACAAUUUUUGGCUCCGACUACGACACGCCGGACGGAACUGGAGUCCGAGAUUACAUCCACGUCAUGGACUUGGCAUCGGGACAUGUCGCCGCCUUGAAGAAGCUGGAUACCACACCCGACCUAAGAUUCCAGGUGUACAACAUUGGUAUCGGCCGUGGCAUUUCUGUGCUCGAGUUGGUCACCGCAUUUGAGUCCGCGACAGGACAAAAGGUCCCUUUGGCGAAGGGUGAGAGACGUUUCGGCGAUGUCGGAACACUAAUUUGCGAUUCGUCGAGGGCCUUGGCAGAGUUGGAGUGGCGACCGAAAUAUGAUCUUCCAACGAUGUGUGAGGACUUUUGGCGUUGGCAAACAAUGAACCCAAACGGCUACAAGGGUAGCGGAGAUGAAGUUACGAAUGGGGUCGCAGCUACGAAUGGAAAUUAGUGUGGGGUCAAAGGUCAAGGUCACGUAAGAGCUGCUAAAAAUAUGAGAUGGUCAACGAAUUAAUGCAAAUUGUUACAUAUUUUAAUCCCCUAAUUAAUUUUGGGUUUUUUUAAAAAUGAUAAAUUUUAUUAAUUUUAACUGAUUAAGCAAAUAAAUUAUUGCAUUGGUAUGGUCAAAAAUUAA